UAGAAUCACUGUCUCAGACUCUCUCUCUGUCUCGCUCGCUCUCUCUCUCUCUCUCUCUCAUUUCUCAUUUCUAAAGAACACACUCUCUAAUCAUUCGAAGAGGCUAGUGAGUGUGAGGGAAUAAUCAAUCACUGAUCCACACCAACCAAACCAUAACCGAGCACAAACAGCGUGCGUUCUUCUUGUGAUUUGUGUUCCAAGCAACCAACCACAGACUCACACACACACCCUCCAUAAAUCACUUCCACCAUUUCCUUCUUUCUUCUUUUUCAUCCCCAAAACAAACAAGGUGCUACUACUACUGCUCUACUAUUCAUCCUUUUCCUUUCAAAUUUCAAAUUCUUCAUUUUCUUUCUCUCUGCCUUGAUCUCAAGCAAACGCCUUUCCCUUCCCCUAGAAAAUGAGCUUGUGCCAUGGUUUGCAUUUGCUUAACUGGAGCCAGAUUCUGUAGAUGGUUUCAGCCCAAUGAAUACAAUGACGCUGGAGUAACUGACACUCUUCUCCUGUUUUCUGGGUUCUAUUGAAGAUUUGGUUUUUGUUAAAGUCCAAUUGCAUCGUGUGAUCUGCUUAGCCGACUUCGCCUACUGUGAAAUAAGACAUUUGUUGUUGUAUUUAUUGGUUUCUGGGUGGGUUUUGUGGUGUUUCGAUAAGAACAUUUAUUCGUAGGUGAACUUGUUUGUGCUACUUUGGUGAUUGGUCAGAGAAUGUCUAGGCCUCUGCAAAGAGGUGUGUCUGGUGGGGUUAGGUUCCCUGAGAGUGGCCAUGACUUGUGGGACUCCCAAUCUAAGGAUAAACCAGAAAAGGAAGAUUUGGAUAAGAGGGGUUCUUCAGAUCAUAGCCCUUUUGCUUUGAGGUUUCCUUUGAGGUUGCUUCUGGGAAAUAAUUCUGAUUCCAAAUAUGGCAAUGGCAUUGGUGAGAAUGGUUUUGCAUCCGAUUCCUUCAUCGUUAGCUCCCCGCGGAACCGGCUUAAGCUGAUGCUGCUUUCUUUGAAGUUUAGUUUAGUGUUCAUAGUUGUUCUGGCUAUUACUGGAUCUUUUUGGUGGACUUUAUCGAUUUCAUCCUCGUCAAGAGAUCACAUUUACCAUGGUUAUAGAAGGCUUCAAGAGAAGCUAGUCUCAGACCUUUUGGAUAUUGGUGAGUUUUCUCGCGGUCCGUUGAGGUUGAAGGAAUCGGAAUUCUGUCCUCAGGAAUUGGAAAACUUUGUUCCUUGCUACAAUGUUUCUGAGAAUGUGGAAUUGGAAGUUUCUGAUAGCAACGAAAUUGACCGGCAAUGUGGUCAUGAGCCUAGGCAGAAUUGUUUAGUUCUGCCACCCGUGAAUUACAAAAUUCCUUUAAGGUGGCCUACUGGAAAAGAUGUUAUCUGGGUUGCUAAUGUGAAGAUCACAGCACAGGAAGUUCUUUCUUCUGGAAGCUUGACAAAGAGGAUGAUGAUGCUGGACGAAGAGCAAAUUUCAUUUCGUUCAGCCUCUCACAUGUUUGAUGGUGUUGAAGACUACUCACAUCAAAUUGCUGAAAUGAUUGGACUUAGAAAUGAAUCUUAUUUAAUACAAGCUGGGGUUCGAACUAUACUAGACAUAGGUUGUGGCUAUGGUAGCUUUGGAGCACAUCUCUUUGACAGUCAGCUUUUAACUAUGUGCAUUGCAAACUAUGAGCCUUCUGGCAGUCAAGUUCAGCUUACUCUCGAGAGGGGUCUUCCUGCUAUGAUUGCUUCUUUCACUUCGAAGCAGCUGCCAUUUCCAUCUCUAUCCUUUGAUAUGUUACAUUGUGCCAGAUGUGGAAUUGAUUGGGACCAGAAAGAUGGCAUGCUCCUGAUUGAAGCAGAUAGACUUUUAAAACCGGGUGGGUACUUUGUUUGGACAUCACCACUAACAAAUGCUCGUAACAAAGAGAAUCAGAAAAGAUGGAAGUUUAUACAGGAUUUUACAUUAACACUUUGCUGGGAACUGCUGUCGCAACAAGAUGAAACUGUAGUAUGGAAGAAAACCAGUAAAAAAGGUUGCUAUGGUUCAAGAAAGUCAGGUUCUGGCCCUUCUUUGUGUGGUAGAGGUAUUGACGUGGAGACUCCACAUUAUCGAGAACUGCAAAACUGCAUAGGAGGAAUGCAGAGCGCUCGUUGGAUUCCAAUUGAGAAAAGGGAAAGAUGGCCUUCUCGUGCUAACUUGAACAAGAACGAGUUAGCUAUAUACGGGUUGCAGCCUGAUGAACUUACUGAGGACUCUGACAGCUGGAAAACAGCAGUCCAGAAUUAUUGGUCUCUUCUGUCACCUUUGAUAUUCUCUGAUCAUCCAAAGAGGCCGGGCGAUGAGGACCCUUCACCCCCUUACAACAUGCUCAGAAACGUGUUGGACAUGAAUGCCCAUUUUGGUGGCUUUAAUUCUGCAUUGCUGCAAGCUAGAAAGUCUGUGUGGGUGAUGAAUGUUGUCCCAAUAAAUGGACCCAAUUAUCUUCCCUUGAUCCAGGACAGAGGAUUUGUUGGCGUUCUCCAUGAUUGGUGUGAGGCUUUUCCGACAUACCCUAGAACCUAUGACUUGGUGCAUGCAGCAGGAUUUCUAUCCCUUGAAACUGAGCAGCACAGGUGUACCAUGGUUGACAUGUUCCUUGAAAUUGACAGAAUACUUCGCCCAGAGGGUUGGGUUAUAAUUCGUGACACAGUUCCCUUAAUAGAAUCAGCCAGAGCUCUAACAGCACAGCUGAAGUGGGAUGCAAGAGUGGUAGAAAUUGAAAGUGACAGUGAUCAGAGACUCCUGAUCUGCCAGAAACCUUUCUUUAAGAGACAGGCAAGCUAAAAAAUUGGAGGCCUGAAGAAAUUAGAUCAAUAUAUAUAUACAUAUAUAUAUUAUAUAUUCAUUUCCAUAAUGACCAUAAAGCUCCAAAAUACAAAGUGGGGGGUUCAAAAUUUUGGACAAAAGAACACAACAUAUAGAGGAAACUGUAUCUUCCUCAAUGAUACCACCACAUCACCUAUGUAACCGUAAGGUGUGCAUAGGACCAUGUAAUUACCAAACAAGCCACAGAGCAGAUGAGAAAGUAGUAUACUGGUAGGUUAAUUUACUUUUUCAUGUGAUGUCUGAUUAGAGUUACACAGUGACAGAAUCAAUAUUAAGAUUGGGAACAUGGUGAGAAAAUAAGUUAUUGUUGUACAAUGCUCAGUGGUUGAUUACCCCUUAUAGAAUAUUUUUCUGCUACUCUUUAUAAGUUA